AUGAUGGAUGUCUCCCCGGGACGCGAUCACUUCCCCCUCCUCGGAGUCCCUAAUGAAGUGCUCCGCAUGAUCAUGGAGAAAGCCUCUGAGCAACAGCCGACCAACAACUAUCCGAAACAAGUAGUGCUCCCUUACUACGGCGACCUUCUUUCUUCGGCCUUGGUCUGCUCCAGACUCAAUGCGGCUGCAACUGAGGUCCUUUAUUCUUGUAUAUGCAUCUACACAGAUGAAUAUCGCGACGACGACUUCAACCCUCAGCUUUCUCCUUCCACACGAGUCCUACGCCUCCAUCGCACUUUGCGAGAGAACGUAGAACUUCGGCGCUUUUGCACUCGCUUCAUAUUGCACCACAGGCAAAGCCUACGACUUGCCGGCGCUAUGGAAUCCCUAAGCCUCCCCAUAUAUCAAACCUUGGACUUUGCGGAGCCGCAUCAACAACUGUCUACUCCCUGGCCAAAGACCUGUGCUUCGAUUAUCCUGGAUUGUACAAAUUGGCUCUUUAACACUAGGACCUUGGUUAUAUCCGGGGGUGUGCAUGGCACACUUGUCCCGGAGCUUGGUGAAAUUACUUUCCGUGUACUGUCCUGUGCAAGAAUGAGCAUGCCACGGUUGGAGUGCAUCGACAUCUUGAACGACAUAUCAUUCCAUCGCUAUCUUCUGACUUCAUUCGAUAUUCAACUGGCUCUAGGCGGCGGCUGCUUGAACCUCAAGCAUUUGAUGAUUCGGCAGCGUGUGUGUAGAGCCUCGGACUCACAUGGAAGCCAUGCUCUCGGGAGGCUUCACAACUCCAAUCCGUGUUCUGGGUUCUCUCUUUCCAGUCUCACUCUCACUAACUUGACCGAUCAUCACGACUUGGUGAGAAACUUUAUGACAUGGUUGAAAGGCCUCAAGCACUUCACCCUGCGAUGGGACCCUGGAUCCAUAUCUGAAAGGAGAAGAGACUUCCGUUGGAGACUUGAAUUGGUUGGAGAUAUCCUAAAACCUCACCGAGACUCCAUCAAAUCUAUCAAACUCGGAAAGAUGGCCGAGCCUGGUCUAGGCGACUUUGACGCCUCAAACUUUCCCAAUCUCGAGACCUUGCAUAUGCACCACAAGGAUCUCAAGGGCAUUAUUAUCUCGACCUGCCCACAGCUUCAAGCAGCGAGGUUGUACGACGUGGUUAUUACCACGGAUAACAUCGAGGAAGAAAUGUUUUACAAUGCUUCAUAUUACCAUGAUUAG